AUGUUAUUUGGAAGAAAUGAAUAUAAAGAAAUGGUUUGGAAAAAUGGAAAUGGAAUCACAUUUGAAAUUGAUCGAUUUCCAAAAAAUGACAAAGAAGAUUUUCAAUGGCGUUUAAGUAUGGCUAUUGUCAAAUAUCCUGGAGGACCUUUCUCAUUCUAUCCAAAUAUUGAUCGAAGUUUAGCAAUUUUUCAUGGAAAGAAAAUUCUUCUCAAAAUUAAUAACGAAAAAUCAAUUCAUUUAAAUGAAACAUCCGUUCCUUAUUCAUUUGCAGGUGAAACAUCAAUUGAAUGUGAAAUUUUUCAAGAUGAAAUUACUGAUUUUAAUGUGAUGACAAAUCGAAAGUAUUUUCAACAUAAAAUUCAACGUUUGACUUUAAAUAGAAAUGAUAAUCCAAUGAAAAUAAAUAAUUCCAAUGAAAAUAUUCUUUUCUUUACUCUUAUUAAUGGAAAUUUACAAAUGAAUCAAUUUCAUUUAACAAAUGGAGAUACUCUCAAAUUUGAUAAUCAAAAUCAAAUCAUCGAAAUUUCUACUUUAGAUGAGAUUUCAACAUUCUUUUUUAUUCAAAUUAUUCCAUUGAAAUUCAAUAUAAAUGAAUCUUCUUCUUGA